AUGAAGCGCCGGAAUGACUACAAGGUGGCGAUGGCCGAAAGCGUCGAGCUGGAGCCGCUGGGCGGCAUGGACAAACUUUCCGAGACGGACAGCAAAAAACGGAACGGGAUAAAUAAAUUCGGUGGCGACAGCUCCUCACGACCAGUGCGCGAUGGCGUUGCCGUAUGUUCACAGAAACGAGCACUAUUUGUGACAGCAAUAGUGUUGGGAACAUUACUAGCAACGGCCCUAGUGAUAGCGUACGCCGGUCCACAAACAGUUUGCCCAUGUGCGGGGAAAAUACCGCCCGGGUACGUGCCGGAUGGUUACAACAGCUCGGAGCCGUUUCUACCAAUUGCAACGAACGGCCAACCAUUUCCGUGGCUGCUACCAACGUUACCGAACAAUGUGAAACCAAAUCGGUACAUUCUAACAAUACAUCCCAAUCUAACGACGCUAGACGUAAAAGGUCAAGUGUCGAUAGAGCUGUACGUGGAGAAGGAGACAAACUUCGUGGUCUUGCACGCACAGGAUCUCAACAUUACCGAAAAGGCAUUGGUGGGACCGAAAGGAUUUGCGUUGAAAAUUCUCCGUAUGCUUGAGUAUACGCCGCGCCAACAGCUGUACAUCGAGACACGGGAAAAGCUGCGGAAAAAGGCAAACUACACGCUCAGCAUACGAUGGCACUCGAAAAUGAUUCUGGAUCAAUUCGAAGGAGAUUUCGAUAUGAAGAAGACAUUAGCCGCCACGGUUCUAAAACCUGGCAGCACGAGGAAAGCGUUUCCUUGUUUCGAUGAGCCACAUUUGAGAGCAGCAUUUAAAAUCUCACUCUUCCGUGACCGGUUCCACAUAGGCUUGUCUAACUCUAUUGUACAGGAUACGGACGAUGUUGGCUUUUACAUGGGAACGGGAUUGCUUAGAGACGAUUUUGCCGAAACUCCACCACUUCCACCGGAUUCGGUUUCAUGGGUCAUCAGUGACUUUAAGCGCGAAUUGCUUGAACCAUCUGCAAAAUAUCAAAAAGUGAACGCAAGUAGCAAUGGUGCUACAGGUACGGCGGCUGGCAAACCAUCUGUCGGCACAACUGGAGCUGGAGGGAUGGGAAAUGGAAAAUCCACCCCCUCCAAGGUGGCCAAAACGGACAAAAAACCCUUCCGUCAUCUGACUGCAGUGCUACUGUCGAAGAAUUUGUUCAAGCUUACCAACCAACCGCCCACAAAAGAACCUUCGCAGAAUGAAAGCAAUAUUACGAUAAAUGCGGCCGAGUCAACCACAAUAGCGAAACCGAAUGGAACCGUGGUGCAAGAGCAAGAUGCGGUGUGGUCCGGCGACACUGCAAUGAUACGGACGGCACCGGCGUAUUCAUUCUACGCACCGGAAACUCACAUCGCCAAGGGUUCGUUUAUUCUGCACACCUCCCGGGAUAUUUUGGAGUAUCUGCAGCAAUGGCUCUCGGUGGCGUACCCUCUGUCAAAGCUGGACUUUGUUGCGCUACCCUCGCUGCUGGACGAUUUGUCCAGCUCGCUGGGACUGAUCGUAUGUCGGACGUCCUUCCUGAACGAACCUACCGCCAUUUCGUCUAAGGAGUACCACAUGUCAGUGGUAAAAAUUUCCGAAGGCAUCGUGAAGCAAUAUUUCGGUGGACUCAUCUCACCGAAGACCUGGAAGCACAAAUGGCUGUGGGAGGGUCUGAUACGGUACUUGAGCCGAUUUCUGUUGGCCACCAUUCAACCAUUGUGGCCGAUGAAGGAACUCUUUCUGAUCGAUACGCUAACGAAAGCGUUGGACAUUGAUGCGUUGCAGGGUUGGGAAAGUAUCAGUGUCGGUGCGAGCGAUUCCGGUAAUAAUGAUCCAUUCUACGUGGACAAAUCGGCGGCCCUGAUGUCGAUGCUACAGUCUGCCAUUGGCGAGCGAAAUUUUCGGCAGUGUUUGGGCAAGUUUCUGAAAACCUACCAGUUUCAGACGGCUGAACCGAGCGACCUUUGGGCGAUCUGUGCAAAACAAGUUAACAACAGCAAGUACGUGAAGGAAAUGAUGAACCAAUGGACCAACACGGCCGCCUUCCCACUAUUGAACGUGACGAUGAACGGGACCAGUCUCAUUGUGAGACAGACAGGAUUCCGGCCGGCUGAGUACCUGGCAAUCUAUGACGAACCGACGGAAGAGAUCGAGCUGGAAGGGGAGACUGCACGCACCACCACAACAACGGCGGCACCGGUCGAUCCGACGGGCAAGGGUGCAUCCGAUGGUGGGUCACGGUGGAUCUUUCCCAUUCAUUACAUCACGGAUGUGUUAAACACGAAUGAAACAUCUAUCGAAAACAAGGAACAACAAAGUUUAAUCAUCUGGCUGAACUCGAGCGAAGUGAUAAUCACAUUAAACCACACCGCACAAUGGAUCAAGCUAAAUCACGGUCAAACGGGCUACUAUCGUGUUCUAUACGAUGAAGCAAACUGGGCUAAACUGGUCGAACAGAUGCAAAUCAACAACGCUGUAUUCAGUACACAGGACCGCGUCGGAUUGGUUUCGGAUAUCUUCACCCUGUGUCACGCUAAUCUCAUACCAUGCCACGCGGCAAUGGAGCUGAUAUCGUAUUUUCCGAAGGAAAAAGAAUGGGGCCCAAUCGUACUGGGCACUAGUCACCUUGAGAAGUGGCGCAAAAUUCUUAAAUACUCCGAGUGCUACCUUGUGCUGGCGGAAUACGUGCGCCAAAAUUUGGAGAAGUCGAUUCAAGUGCUCGGUUGGGAAGAUACGGGCGAAGAUGAAACUAAGCUACUGCGCCCCGUCCUGAUGCUCAGUGCGGCACUCUGGGAGGAAGCGGAAACGAUCAAAUUUGCCAAGGGGUUGGUGACCAACUUUACCACCCAUUCGGUACCGAUACCUCCCAACCUGCGCUCGGUAGCGUACAUCGGUUCGGUGCUGUCGGGUGAAUUCCAGUACUGGCAGUUCUGUUGGGAUCGCUACAUGGCCGUACGGCGCGAAAAGAGCUCAGUGUUGGAAGAGCGCAUGGAGUUAUUGCGUGCGCUCGGUGUUACGAAGGACGCUUGGCUGCAGAACCGAUUGCUUUCGCACGUCAUCACACUUCCGGUGUUCGAGAUCGUACAAGUGUUGGACGCAAUUGCCGGAACGCCGACUGGUGGUGCGAUGGCGUGUCGGUUUUUGCAGGCGAAAUGGUUCGAUUUCCAGUCCAAGCUAGGCCGUGGCACGGUACAGUUCGCUCGGGUUAUCUCCGCUAUCACACAGUAUGGUUCGACCAAGUUCGAUUACGAUGAGCUGAAAUCAUUGGUGGAACGGUUUGGAGACGGACCAGGCCUAAAGCUGCUUAACAUGACGCUCAGUACGGUGGCAGCCAACGUGGAGUGGGUAAGCCGCUCCCAAGCAUCCAUAUACAGCUGGAUCGAGAGCAAAUAUCACUUUUGAUUAGAGCACCGAGCAAUAGAGGACGAGGAAUAGAUUUCGUUUCGCCCAACAAUCCAAGAUUUUCUCAUCGAUGCGCGGCAUUCCAUUUUUCCCCCUUUCUUCUACAUUAUUGAUAUAUUUUGGAUGCCUACUUUCAAGGUUUGACGCUCUAGGAGAAGAGAUAUAGAAACAAAAUACGAACACAAAGAUAGAGGAAAACGAAGGACAAUUUCGAGGACAAGCAACAAAAACGCGGCAAGAAUGCAUUUAUCGUAGUACAAUCUCAAGACUCCUUUUAUAGAUACCAAGAGAGGACGGCGCGUGUAGGAGGCGAAGUGUUCUUCAAUCUUCCACUGUCUACGUUUAGGUAUAUAGGUGUAAAUAUAUAUAUAUAUUCUACAAACAUAUAAGUUACCAAAGAAUGCAAAGAAUAGUUUGUGUGAUCGACAAUUUAUAUCGUAUAUCUCGCCAGUAAAUUAAGAAACAUAGCGAAACAAAAAAAAAGACAACCAAAAACCAUACCAAAAGGAAAUCAUACAAACACAGAAAACCGCAAAAACGAUAGUGAUUGAAGGAUGCACAAAUGCAACUGCAAAACCCCCCCAAUGGUGUAUGUGUGCAUGUUGAUUUGGUGCGUUUAGCUAUUUAGGCUGUUUGGUGCUGAAAACGCCCGCCACGAUGUGUGUGUGAUGUGUGCAUCCCUUCUAGAAAUAGGAAUCCGUAGGCCGGAUUGUCCGUAGACAAUCGUUCCGGUGGAGCAGUGCGGAAGUUUAACCAACCAAGAAGCCCAUGAAUGGGAAAGUACGGCUAUUUAGUAAUGAGUCAUUAAGCAACAAUCCUAUGUUCCCGGUGUUCAGUGGGUAUAUUCGCCUGAAUGUCGCCAUUUUCGCAGCAGCCAGUGAUUUACGUUGAAUAUAUGAAUAAUCAGUGUUCAGUAUUGAUUUAGUGCAUCUAUCAUCUCUCAGAAACGUGAAAUUUCCUUUGCAAGUUAACCAAAACCAGAAACAAGCAAACACAAAACUGCAUACCA